AUGCUAAAAACAGCAUCACAACCUUCAAAAUUUGUUGCUCUUAUAGUUAGGGAUAUAGAUUCUACAUCAAAGAGAGACAUAAUUGUUCAACACCGUGAUGGUCAAUUACAAAGAAUAGAUGAGUUUCAUCCAAGUUACCUAGAAUAUCAAUACCCGUUGGUUCUUCCAUAUGGUGAAGAUGGUUACAUGCUAAACCUACUCCACAAAUAUAAACAUGAAAAAGUUUGUUACAAAGAAAAAUUGAAAAACCGUCAAAGAUUAGUUAUCUUUCCGAUUACAAGAACGAAAAACGGGGUCUACUAUACUGAUUAUGAGAGGAUGGAAAAUAUCUUAAAGAAAGAAAGUGUCACAGAAUCUACGUUCACACCAUGGUUGAUUUCAAAUGGACAAUUUGAGGAGGCUAAACAUUUGACAUAUGCCCAAUUUGUAACCAAGUUUGUAUAUGAAAAGAAGAAGAGAUUGUGGAAGCCACACGAGCAAAGCAACAUCGACAAAAUCAUGUUAGCAGUUAACAAUAAAAAAGGAGGAGUUUUUUUACAUGGAUAUGGAGGUACCGGUAAAACGUAUAUGUGGAAAACAGUUGCAACUUCUUUGAGGUCUAAACAUGAAAUUGUAUUAAUUAUGGUCUCAAGUGGAAUAACAUCUCUAUUGUUACCUGACGAUAGAACUGCUUAUUCUAAGUUUAAAAUACAUAUGCCAACAAUUGAAAAUUCAACUUGCAAGAUUGACUUUGAUGAUGCCCAUACCAAACUAUUUAGCCAAACCAAGUUGAUUAUUUGGGAUGAGGCAUCAAUGGCAAACAAAUAUUUUUUUGAAGCUCUUGAUAAAACUUUAAAGGAUGUCAUGAGUAGCUAUUGUUCGAUGGUAAAGUUGUAG